AUGUACCUUAACCUUCAGCUACUACUACCAUUGUUGGCAACAGCGCUGCCCACAAACGCCUGCCUUCCGAACACUAUUACAUGCGACGCUACCGGUUUAGAUGUUGCUUUCUAUGCAAAUAGCGUAGUUCCCGAGGAAGCGUAUGGCAACAGCAGCGCAGUCUCUCCUGAUUACUAUCUUGGCCAGAACGCGUUGGGUACUGGCUCGACGAAUGAUCUGACAAUACUACGAGUGGACAUUCCCGACAACGAGUCACCGACGUACAUUGAAACGCUACCCUACUAUGCAAGUGUAAGCGGCACUUAUGCGGACAUCCCCUACAAUCCAAACAAUGGUACAUUUGUGUUCAGUGGGUAUUUCCGACCGCCCUUCACAGGUAUCUACAGCAUAUGUGUAGAAGUUGACAGCGUCGACAACUUCUACCUUGGAUCCGACCGGGCCUUCCCGUGCGGUGGGCAAGGCAUUGUAGCAGAUGCGGACCCCACUCUCGCAGUCACGAAUUUUGGGGACUCGGAGCCAGCCUGCAUCAUGCAGAAUCUCGUGGAAGGCUUUUUCUACCCCUUGCGGUCGGUCUACGGCAUGUACGGCCUACCCUCAGUCCUACUUACUAAUAUCACAUUCCCAGGAACGGGAGCGAACUUGGCUUCUCCGCUGGAAGGCUCGUUGUUCCCUCAGUCUUGUCAGACGCCGCCAACGACCAUGAUAGUGCGCAGUACUGAUCCCACUGACGUGGCCCAUUGA